AUGCGUCAGACUUCGACCCUCGUGGCUCUCGCCGCGACCGUCUCCACGGCUCUGGGUGCCUUCCAGGGCUUCAACUAUGGCUCGACCUUUACCACCGGCGCUCCCAAGCAGCAGUCUGACUUCGAGGCCGAGUUCAAGACGGCUCAGGGCCUGAUCGGUGCCCCUGGUGUUUUCAACAGUGCCCGUCUCUACACCAUGAUCCAAGGCGGUACUGCUAGCGGCGUCAUCUCUGCUAUCCCCGCUGCCAUCAGCACCAAGACCAGCCUCCUGCUCGGUCUCUGGGCCUCGGCUGGCGAGGACAUCUUCAACAACGAGCUCAACGCCCUGAAGGCCGCCAUCUCCCAGUACGGCUCUUCGCUCGGCCCCCUGAUCGCCGGUAUCUCCGUCGGCAGCGAGGAUCUGUACCGCAUCUCCCCCACUGGUAUCCUCAACAAGGAGAACCCCGGUGUCGGCCCCGACGUCCUGGCCAAGUACAUCAAGAUGGUCCGUGACGUCGUUGCCAACACCCCCCUGGCCAAUGCCCCUAUCGGCCACGUCGACACCUGGAACUCGUGGGUCAACGGCUCCAACAAGGCUGCCAUCGAUGCUUGCGACUGGAUCGGCCUGGACACCUACCCCUACUUCCAGGACACCGACGACAACACCAUUGAGAACAGCAAGAACCUGUUCAACGCUGCCAUGCAGGCUACCGAGGGCGCCAUCGGCGGCAAGCCCGUCUGGGUCACCGAGACCGGCUUCCCCGUCAGCGGCAAGAACUUUGGCAAGGCCGUCCCCUCGCUCGAGAACGCCAAGACGUACUGGCAGCAGGUCGGCUGCCCCAUGUUCGGCAAGACCAACGUGUGGUGGUACACCAUGCAGGACGCCUCUCCCGACACCCCCAACCCCAGCUUCGGCCUCAUUGGCAACCAGCUGACCACCACCCCGCUGUACGACCUCUCGUGCAAGAACGUUGAUCUGUCUUCGUCCACCAGCAAGUCGGCCUCUGCCUCUGCCACUGCUACCAGCUCUGGUUCCGGCUCCGGCUCCGGCUCCGGUUCUGGCAGCUCUCAGACUUCCCAGGCCGCUUCGUCGACCCCCAACCCCACCGAGGGUGCCGGCAGCCCUGGCGCGAGCAACGCUGUCCCUAGCUCGCAGCUCUCGAUCGAGUCCUCGGCCCCUGCCACCACGCUCCGCCCCAUCCAGACUGGCACCGGCUCUGGCUCCGGCUCUGGCUCCGGCUCCGGUUCGGGCUCUAGCAACGGCACCGUGAGCACCGGUAGCCCUUCGAAGCCCACCACCGCCCCCAGCAGCGGUGUCGCUGGCAUGCAGUCUGGCUCCAUUGGUGCUGCCUUUGCUGCCGUCAUGGCUGCCAUCUUGGCUCUGUAA